AAACUCAAUCAUAAAACCACCCAAAAACUCACACCCACACACUCACACACACCAACCCUUUUUUCACACACACACAAACAAACAAACAUGGAUUCUCUCACUCUUGUCUGUACCGCCUCACUUCUCGCCGGCGGCCUGUAUUGGUUCAUCUGUAUUCUCGGAUCCGCUGAACAAAAAGGCAAGCACGCCGUUAACCUCACCGGCGGUUCAAUCAAACGUGAAAACGUCCAAGACAAUUACAACAAAUACUGGUCCUUUUUCCGUCGCCCAAAAGAGAUCGAAAAAACCGAAAACGUCCCCGCUUUUGUCGACACUUUUUACAAUCUAGUCACCGAUAUUUACGAGUGGGGGUGGGGUCAAUCCUUCCAUUUCUCCCCCGCAGUUCCCGGGAAGUCAAAUCUUGAAUCUACUAGAAUCCAUGAAGAAAUGGCUGUAGAUCUGAUAAAAGUGAAACCAGGUCAGAAGAUUCUAGACGCCGGGUGUGGCGUCGGGGGCCCGAUGCGUGCAAUCGCUAGGCAUUCUCAAUGUAAUGUGGUUGGGAUUACAAUAAAUGAGUAUCAAGUGAGCCGAGCCAAGGCUCAUAAUAAAAAAGCCGGGUUGGACCAUUUAUGUGACGUGGUGUGUGGAAAUUUUUUAGAAAUGCCAUUUCCUGACUCCACUUUUGACGGAGCGUAUUCGAUUGAGGCGACUUGCCACGCGCCUAAGCUUGAAGAAGUGUACGCGGAAAUAUAUAGGGUAUUGAAACCGGGUGCGAUGUAUGUUAGUUACGAAUGGGUGACAACUGAGUUAUACAAAGGAGAAGAUGCAGAACACGUGGAUAUCAUUCAAGGAAUUGAAAGGGGUGAUGCAUUGCCUGGGUUAAGAAGGUAUGAUGAGGUCGCUGAGACCGCCAAAAGGGUCGGCUUUGAGGUUGUGAAAGAAUUGGAUUUAGCGAAGCCGCCUAGUCAGCCGUGGUGGUCCAGGUUGAAAAUGGGAAGGAUUGCUUAUUGGAGGAAUCAUAUUGUGGUUAUGGUGCUUGAGACGCUUGGUGUUGCGCCUAAAGGGACAAUUGAUGUUCAUGAGAUGUUGUUUAAGACUGCUGAUUAUCUCACCAGAGGCGGUGAGACUGGGAUUUUCACCCCUAUGCAUAUGAUCCUUUGCAAGAAGCCGGUCGAGAAAGCGCAGGAGGAGUCUUGAUGUUUGAGGUUUUAUUUUUAAUCAUAUCGUUUGCUUUAUGGUUACUUUUUAGUAUGUUUUUUUUUUUAUUUUAAUUGUUACACUUUGAUGAUUUGCUAUGUUCGAUUUAAAUCAAUCACUCUAGAUUUUGCUAUUUAGUAUUUAGUUGUAAUGAAUUUUGUUACUACUUAUUUGUUAUGGUGUUGAUGCUUUAUGUCA